AUGCAGGAACUGCUGGGGGGUCAGCACACCAAGGGCUCGAAUGCCUUUCGCACCCCUAGAGUACCCCGAGCCCCAAAGGUGCUGAAGAAGUCCACAUCCACCACCCAGGUAUCUACUCCGCCUGUUUCCGCCACCACAAAUUCUACCACGCUUAUUGCGCCUACACCUGAUGCACCCGCCGCGCCUACACCUGAUGCACCCGCCGCGCCUACACCUGAUGCACCCGCCGCGCCUACUAUCUCUUGUGCAGUGCCCACUAUUGUGGCUGCUGCACCUGCAAUCCCUUGUGCAGCUGUGUCUGACAGAGCCGCAACGGAUCCUCCUGGUCACAUCAACAACUGGCUUGGUGGCCUUCCCUCCCCAACUUCUGCAGCUGUGCUUCCUCCCAUGAGUUUGACCACUUCAGCUAGUAGCAAGUGCUCGGCUCGAGAUGCUGAGAUUGAUAUUGAUGAAGGCACAACUGUCAUCUGCCACAGCAAGAGCGCCAGUGGAAGCAAUCAAAGCCAAGGUUCCAACAAAUCCCCACACAAUACCACUGCCAAUGCGUUCAUUGGCCUGAACAACAGACUUGGUGAAUUCCUCCCCAUCAUGCGGGACUUCAAUACUAAACUAGACAUUGGCCUUGGUAUGGAAGCUCCCUUUGCUCCCCCUGCUCCUCCUCCCUAA